UUGAUUGUAUCCAAUUAAAUUGAAGAGUAUCUAUUUUUUCCUGAAAUAACUAAUUGGCGAUUAAAAAAUAAAAUAAAAUGCUAGACGUGUGAUAAUGAGGGAAAAGAAGUGUGGGAAUUGGAAACAAUAGAUGACAUUCGCGUUCUUUCGGUAAUCCACACGCCAUUAUCGCUUUCUCCUUCCCCCUUCACUUGACUUCACAGGCAGCAGCAGACACCAUGUCGAGCCUCAACCUAUGCUCCAUCCUCUCUGAAUCCAAACGAAUCAUCAACGCCCACUCCCGUCACUUCCUCGCCCUCUCCGUCAUCUUCCUCCUCCCUCUCUCCUUCUCCCUCAUCGUCUCCCCCACCAUCUUCCACCUCAUCACCACCUCUUCUAACUCCCCAACCAUCCACAUCCUCGUCCGCCUACCCCAACCUCAAUUCAAAACCCUAACCCAAACUACUUUCAAUUUCCCCUUCCCCUUCCCACUUCUCUUGUUCUCUCUUUUCUUCCUCUUGAUCUUCUCCCUCUCCGCCCUCGCCACCAUCACCCACAGCGUCUUCCACGGCUUCUUCGGCCGUCCCGUCAAACUUCUCUCUACCGUCACCUCUCUCUUCUCCUCCUUCCUCCCUCUCCUUCUCACCUCCAUCCUCUCCCACCUCAUCCUCUUCUCACUCUCCCUCCCUAUCCCCCUCCUCUCUCUCCUCCUCCGCCCCAACCUUUCUUCCUCCCCAAUCACCCUCACCGCCUCCGCUAUCCUCCUCCCCGCACUCAUCUUCUUCCUCUUCUACCUCCGUAUCUCAUGGACUCUCGCCUCAGUCAUCGCAGUCGUCGAAAACACCUACGGAACUCAACCUCUCCGCCGCAGCGCCGCUCUUAUGGAUGGAAUGAAAUGCACCGGAGCUUCUUGCUUUCUGUUCUUCGCUUCUCUGGAAGGAAUCAUACUAUGGAGUGGCUCACUUCUCGCAGCAGUGGCUUCUGAUAGCGGUUCAUGGAAGGAUUGGGCUUUUGUGGUUCAGAUUGUGUUGACUUCAGCCGUCUUGACUAUACUUAUGCUUUACAAGGCCGCUGCAAACACCGUCUUGUACAUGUACUGUAAGGCGGUUCACGGUGAACUGGCGUUGGAGAUCGCGGAAGAGUUUGCGUGGCAGUAUGUGAGUUUGCCUUUUGAUGAAAGCAAAGUCCCUCAUGUUGUGUCUGUCGUAAGUGUGUAAAAUGUAAAUGUUUGGUGGUUUUGAUUAUGGUAAAAAAAUACAUGUUGGUUUAGAUUGUGCAAAUAUUUGUGACAUAUCAAAUGUGUAAGAUGUGGAUACUAUUGCUUAUUGAUUAUGAGCCGCAAAUGUGAUUUUUUUGGAAUGUUUCA